AUGCGGUUCCUCGGCUCAGGACAAGCCAUGGAGCCAAGCUUGUCGCCUUCUGGCAACUUGGGAAGGAGCUCAGGGAGCUCGGCUUCCCGGGUGCACAGCAUCGAGGCGAUUCUCGGCUUCAGUAAAGACCAUCCCAGCCCCCAGACCAUCUCCAGGGCAUUGGAAACCACAGGCAAAGGCAGCAGCGCCCGGGACUGCUUCAACCCUGUGUCCAACUUAAAGUAUGAGCCAGAGAACUCACCAAGUUUCGAAGAUUCGUUUUGUUCGAGCAACGGAGAAGGGGUGCGGGCAGACUUAGCGAAAGUAAAACACGGAGGAGAAAAUAAACAGGCGAACGAGGAACAGCCCAAGAAAAAGCACAGGAGAAACCGCACCACCUUCACGACCUACCAGCUGCACGAGCUGGAGCGAGCCUUUGAGAAGUCACAUUACCCUGAUGUGUACAGCAGAGAGGAGCUCGCGGUGAAAAUCACCCUCCCCGAGGUCAGAGUGCAGGUGUGGUUUCAAAACAGAAGGGCCAAGUGGAGGAGGCAAGAGAAGCUGGAAGCCAGUUCAAUGAAGUUUCAAGAUUCACCCAUGCUCUCCUUCAACAGAUCUCCUCAGUCUUCCACUAUAGGCACCAUUAACAAUAACCUUGCAUUGGAUCCCUGGCUCACGUCACCGAUAACAAGCACAACUACCCUACAGAGCCUUCCUGGAUUCAUGUCCACCACCCAGGGUCUCCAGAGCAGCUAUACUCCACCACCAUUCUUGAACUCUCCACCUAUGACCCACACCUUGCAGCCCAUGGGCACAAUUGGUUCCCCGACCUUCCAAUGCGGACCUCCCUACAUGGAAAAGUUCCCUCUCGAAGAUGCAGACCAGAGAAACUCCAGCAUAGCUUCCCUGAGAAUGAAAGCGAAGGAACACAUCCAAUUCAUUGGGAAAAGCUGGUAG